CCCGUAACAAACAUGGCGGCUUGAGUUAGUCCUUGGAGGGCGACGAAAAGCGUGACCGACCAACGAGUCAAACGGUAGAGCGGCAUGCCGCUAUUGCGCCUGGUUGACGAAUGGAUGGUUUAGGAGCAGCAGUGUGGAAAAACAUGUUGAGCUGUGAGCUCAAGUCAUGUAUGAAGCUUCCCAGUUCUAAUUCAAGCAAAUUGUCCCUUCUCCCUCCCAGUUUCUGACAAGAUGGAUGCAGAAAAGUUGAACUUCCACGGUACUGCAGCUCUCAUUACCAAACCACAGCAUACUCAACUGCUCAGGGAAUAUUUAGAGAGAGAGGGGAUCCUAAAUAGCCAUUUCCGUGUGCAGAAGCUUCCAAAUGGUGACAUGGCAUUGCCUGUGCUCAGUCAAAGAUUCCAGGAGCAUCACCUGCAGCACUUGAAGGAAGGCAUCCUGCCUGGGAGGACCUGUGCUUUGAUGUGGAUCCAGAAUCCCAUUCCCUCGAAAUCAGCUCAGGUCCGUUCGCCCAUCCAGAAACUGCAUGAAGAGCUGGAGUCUCUGGUGUUGAGCUGUGGGGCUGCGUGGUCCAAAGAACUGGAAAAAGAUCUGCCCCGCUCCUGGCAGCAGCUUGGGGACUUGGUUCUUCUGAACGAGGACAGCUUCAGAGCAACCCUGUGGGGAGAGAUAGGACCAGAGCUCUGGGAGAUGGUUGCUGGUGCUCUGGGGGCCAAACGUUUAGCGAGACAUGGACGUGUGCAGUCGGACUCCUUUCGGUCCCCGACAGUUACCCUGUUGUUGGGGAAAGAUGGCUGGGUUGAACAGAUGGACAAUGGAAUCUGGUAUAGGUUUGAUGUGACACGGUGCAUGUUGUCGGCCGGAAACAUCACCGAGAAGCUGCGGAUAGCGUCUCUGCAUUGUGCUGGGGAAGUGGUGGUGGAUCUCUAUGCUGGGAUCGGCUAUUUCACUCUGCCCUAUCUCGUUCAUGCGGGCGCUGCUUUUGUUCAUGCCUGCGAGUGGAACCCUCAUGCAGUGGAAGCCCUGCAGCAGAACCUGCAACUCAAUGGCGUUCAUCAUCGGUGCCGCAUUCACCAGGGAGAUAACAGGAAGCUGGAACUGCGAGAUGUGGCCGACAGAGUGAAUCUGGGACUGAUCCCAUCGUCAGAGGAAAGCUGGCCUGUUGCCUGCCGUGUCUUGCGGAAGGAUUUGGGAGGGAUCCUUCAUAUUCACCAGAAUGUGGAGUCCUUUCCGGGGAAGGCCCUUCAGCUAGGGCAGGAUCACCAGUGGCCAGCACCAACAAGUCAAGAGGACCGAGGGGGCAGUGAUACGGUAUCGGGUACUGGCGGAAGGGACCCGAGCCCCACGGCCCAGAAUGCAUGGCAGAAGUGGGCAGAGGCUACAGGGACCCAGAUCAGGAUAUUGCUUCAGGAAUUGGAUGGGAAGCCAUGGAGGACAAACAUCCUGCACAUUGAACUUGUGAAAUCCUACGCUCCCCAUGUGCACCAUAUAGUUUUAGAUCUGGAUUGCCGCCCCCUUUGAUAGCACACAGGAAAUGGCUGUUCUGCAGGGGCGGCCCCAGAAUGUUUCUCUCUUCGUGGUAACGAUUAAGCAGCGUCUUGGUGGAAAUGAGGCCGGGUAGAGAUAGUGAGCUCAAAGGCGAGGCGGGGGGCUCAAGGUCAAUAACAAGCUGGCAUAGGUUGGACCUACAGGACCAAAACAGAGAGGGGAAGAAAAGCUUCAACCCAGAAAAGGCAGAUAAUCAGGAAGGUUGACAAAAAGAACCUAAUAACUGAAGGAAUACUCAAGGGUUACAUGUGCCAAGGAGCAAGGCCAAUGUGCAAUGAGCUAGUGGUGUAUGAUUGUUGCACCACCAAGGAUGCCCUGAGUUCACACCAAGUCUGCAGGUCAGCUAGCUGUUGGACAGCAUGUCAGGCCUGCGCACCUUACCUGCUGGGAGUUUUGUGUGUCCAGAAAGUGUUUCUAAAGGGGGAGGAGGAAAGAAUUCUGUUCGUCCUCAAUUCCUGUCAUGGGGGGAGGAGGUCCACAUUCACAGUGCCUCGAAUGUAGAUUUCUGAUCUUCUCUGCAAAGUCGCAGAGGUACACUGACAGGAUUGAAAGAAGAAGACGUACAUCGUACAGCUUCACAUUUGUGUGUCCCGUUAUUGCCUGUAGUGCAUUCUCUGAAACAUGUAAAAUAAAUUUACAUGUGAUUUUUGUGUUA